ACUUUAGAAUCUUAUGAGCGUGCGCUCGUUGUUCAAGCUGGCUGGUUUUUCUGGUUUCUUCAUCAUUAUGCACCCUCUAGCUUCCAGCUCUGUUUAUAAAAUGUUCACAAAUUAGUUGCAAGUAUUAUUUUAAAGCAAUUGCAAUAUGCUUAAGACUGAAGAUCUUAGCACCACUUCUGAUCGGGAAGGGUUUGAUUGCCUGAAAGCAACCAUUUCUGCUGCAUUGAGGUAGACGGUACUCACGAGUAAUCAAAAUUUUAGCUCUGAUGCUCGGAUGCGUGUUGACUCCCUGGUUCGUGAGGUGUCUUCUCUUAAGGAUAUCGAGAAGCUGCUUUUUUGCCUACUUUUGCCCGUGGAUCCCUCGGUCACACAGCAUUCAUUCAUCAGUGUAACUGCUGAGGAUUCUGAACUUUCUGGUCAUGGCUUUGAGCUCGGAACACUCGGAUUAGGCCUAUUCUCUCCUGGAGGAGCUUCAGCACUUCACUUGUCUAAUCAGGUUGAACAAAGCCAGGCUUACACUUGGAUUAUGUCACACUUGGAAGAAGAUCCGUCUACUUGCCUCCGUAAAGACGAGGUAUACGACGACUACCGAGCAUAUUGUGAUAAACACCAUAUGAAAACCUUGAAUACUGCAGAUUUCGGCAAGGUGAUGAAACGUGCUUUCCCAAAUGUAAAGCCACGCCGAUUAGGACAACGCGGUCAAUCCAGGUAUUGUUACGGUGGAAUGAGAAAGAAAACAGAAGUUCAACCUCCCUUUUUGCCUGAUUUGACGGAAGAGGUUCUCGGCCUCCCCACUCACUGCAAGCUGGGACAUUCGGCCGCGUCACCAGGAAGCAGCUCUGGGGCUAGUGGCGAUGCAAUUCACCAGCAUCGACGCCCGCUGUCCUCUAGUCCCCUCACCCGUCUUCUACAAUCCAACGGACCGGAAGGCGAAUCCCCCAGUUGGGCGGACGAGACUGCAAUAAGGACGGCUCUUGGAGUCAGAGGUGUCGUUAUAUCAGAUGUCGCGCACAUUUUGCUUGAGUACGCACAGCAGGUGUUUGGUGUGCGCUUUCAUUCGCUGUUUCACCUUGCCCAGCAUCUGGUGACGAACCGUUAUGUCAAUGCCCGAUCUCGUCACGCGUUCUCAUUAAUCGCUCAUGCUGCCAACGCUUCCUCCACUCCGCUCUCCCCACCGCCAUCUGCGGCCUUGGCAGAGGCUAUUCAAAAAGGAAUCUCAAAAUCCGCUUUUGAUCGCGUCGGAAACGGUCGACUCAAAACAGAUGGUCUUGAGCGCGCUGCCUACGGCAAGGCUGAUGGAGCAUCUAUUUCCGGAGACUUAUCGCGCACCCCAACUCAUUUUCCGUCCACCGAAAGUGGCUCGCCCAUGCGAUUAACCUCGUCUUCGUCUGUCUCUACCAGCACCGGUCAGUUGGGCACCGUCAGCCAGAGCCUUUUAGCUCCCAAUGUUACCCGUGAUUUUCCCUCCCAUCCAAACCCAACUGUGCUCUCUACUUGCUCCACACCGCAACCGGUGUACCGCUCAUAUCAACCAAAUUUUUCACCCUUGUCUAAUCAACUACACCCAUCCGUCGGAAGCAACACAUACGCUGCUGCUGCUGCUGCGUUGGCCUCCCAUACAUCCGCCCAUGGAGCUCCGUCAUACGCUGUUCAGACAGGACGUACUCCCUCGACAACCCUACGGCAAUCCUCCGCUGCUGUUGCUUUGGCAGCAGCGGCAGCAGUAGCUGCACGUCAGCAUGUUAGCUUAUCUGGACCCUACUCAACCACUGGCACAACACCGGGUUACUCCUCAUCUCUGUCAGUAUGCAGCGCGUCCCCUGUUCCAUUCACAUCACAAUUUGAAGUACUCACUCCACCAGCGGCACACAAGCAUAAAUCCUCCAAUUUUACCUCGCCUUCUAUGUCGUUUUCUACUCCAACGGAUCCGGUUUACCCCAAUGUAUCUACCUACUUAUCGCCUGCACCUAUCGGUCCUGUGUAUGCAGGCCAACAGCCCCCUGCUCCUUUACCACCUGGAGUGGGCGCUCGCAGCCCAUAUACUCCUAUCGCCAACCCAACAACCAACAUCUCCGAUUCCAACCAAUCCGUUCACAAACGCAACAUCCCCCCUCACCCAACUGAUGCACCUGGAGCGUACGAACCUUCGCCUCGAUUUCAUUUGGGCGGACAAAGCCCUAAUAAACGCGCUCGAUAUUUGUCCACAGCAUCUGGGUCCAGUGGAAGCAACUCUAUCUCAGCCGAAUGUCCCACCAUGGCUUCAGGAAGCACUGAGUGCGUUGAACAAUACAGUGAUCCGUCUGCGACAAUACACGCAAGUGUUGCUUCCGCAUCUCCAGCUAGUAGCGGCGGUAGCGGUGUGAGCUCCCAUCACCCGCUCUCUACGACUGGAUACAUUGGUCGCUCAGAUCAGCAUCACACUCUGAAUAUUGGAGACCAGCGUGGCACCGUGACUUCUCCUUUUUAUUCCAGUCGUUACGAAGGUCUAGAGAUGCGCAGCCCCGCUCCGCAUCAUAGCACUGGAAGUAAUCACCAACUGGAUCGUUGUGUCAGGUCAUCGAACGUUGCGCCCCGUGAUCCCAGUCCGUGGUCUUCGAACGGCGUUGCGGUUAACGGGGGUUCAAUGUCACUUGCACAACCUGGCGGUUACAAUCCCUCUAACAAUACUGUCGUUUUCAGGCCUCCUGUAACUCCAUUCAUUCAUGAACUGGAAGAUGACGAAGGUUUGGCUAAUCUUCCACGACUGGGUGUUUCACCAGGUCCGCAAAUCCCCCCAAGUUCACCCACUGAAUUUCUCCCUUUUUAUUCGGAAGCCGCCUCAAAAUCUGCUCACGCACAUCGUCAGAUCAGCGGAUCACAGUCAUCAAAACAAAUGACUACUCCGGACGGUGUGGAAUGCGGAAACGUUGAAUCCGUUACAUCUCCACAAGUUUCUAUGCGUUCAGACCAUUCGGAUAUUCGUUGCUAUACUGGUCCGAUCGUGGACCUUGAAACUCCUCCCUCUUCAGCUUUAAUGUUAUCGUCCGAAGGGGUGUGUGCAAAUGGCAUGGUCUCACCAAAUUCACCAUCUGGAUCGGACAACUCGCGCGAUCGAACACUUACUAGUUUCGAUACUUACGGUGUAGUACACACUCCGUCAAUCCCAGGAGGUCUUGCCAACGUUCCAUCUCCUUCCGAUAAUGUAAAUAACGACUUAUUGCUCCUGCAGCGAGAAGAGUUACGAAAUGAGUUGAGCACCCCUGUACCUAUCAACCCCUUCAUCCUGAAACCUGAAGUGUCUCCUGCUUCGCAUACCGCCCCACAAGAUGCUCGAUAAAAGAACUGCAACUGUUUUCUUCAUUGUCAUUCAUUGUGCCUAACUCGUGAGCAGUCCGGGUCUCAGUGGCAAUAUUCUGGCACACGGUAUUUCAGUGCAACAGGUGCGAUAAAUCUCAGGAUUCUUCUUGCUCUGGAAUUGACGAUAUGCAUAUUAUCUUUUCCCGUCGAGUUAUCCGGUCUGCUCCUAUUACUAUGUCCACGAACAUACCUUUACCGGAUCUCCACGUGUGUUCUUCCUGCCUUUUCCGCCGCCUCACUAUCUAAACAAUUGCGCCCCAUUUCGCAGUGGUGCAGCAUUCUUUUGCAGUUUAUCAUAGUUAAAUCAAUCAACUGAGAAGCUACAAGUUUGUUGAAUCGACAGUCGUGCAGAUGCAGCAUUGCAAGCAGACCAAAUUUGUUCAACUGUUGUGUUCGCAUUGCGCAUAACAUCAUUUCCAUUUCUUAGUGUGCAGAUUCACCCCCUUCGUUUUGCAGCAGCACUUAUGUUCCCUGUCUUUUUCAUUAUCACUCGGUUUACUUAUGGGUUGUAUAUAUACCGAACCUUUUUGUAAGUUUGACAGCGAGACGGCUGGUUUUGCGUCUCAUUUCUUAUUUUUUUAGUUGCACUCGCCAUAUACCAAAGCAUUGUACUCUUCCCACACAACAGCACCGUGUUAGUGACUGCGCACUUUGCUGCUACAUAUUCAGACUAUUUUUGUGUCGCGUUCAUUUUUUUCUUCCAAGUUUCCAAUUUAAACAUGCAUACAACAGUUACCAGCUGACCAACCCUGUCCCAUCGUCGUCCUCCAUCCUUUUUGUUCGAUUGAUCUAUCGAUGUGGUCCCGCAUUCUUUAUCACCUUUAAGGCCUAGGUAAUUAGACUACUGUCUUUUCGCAUGGGUAAAUUGUUAUCACUACCAACUUUUCACCGUGGUUAGCAACAAAUCUAUUUCAUAUCUCUUAAUAAUAGGCUCUCAAAAUCAUUGGAAUCUUUUCAUCAGGUGCACAUCGGUAAUGAAGGCUAACUGCCUCGGCUCAUUCAUUUCACAUUUCUAUGCACCCAACCCUACUCCUUUUGUUUGACUACGCAGGCGCGGCCUCGUUCUUAUCAAUCAUUUGCCCAACGGUUCGCUGAUAGCACCGUCCUACUCGAUAAGUCCUUGUCACUAGGAGUGUUUCAUCGAUGCCGGAAUAUAAAGCACAUUGCAGUUUUGUCCGUUAUGUUUCUCAAC